AUGUCCAAUCGGCAACAAAUUGAUUCAGUCAUCGACGACGAUGAUGAGUUCUGUCCCCUCUGCAUCGAGGAGUUUGAUCUCUCAGACAAGAACUUUAAACCUUGUCCUUGUGGGUACCAAAUCUGCCAAUUUUGUUACAACAACAUCAAGACCCACAGUGAAGAAGGACGCUGUCCCAACUGUCGCCGGCCCUAUGAUGACAGCACGAUUCAAUACAAGAUUCCGGAUGCAGAAGAAUUCAAGGCAGAUUUGGCUUUGAAACACAGAAAGGCCGCCGCCGCCAAGAAGAAGGAAGCCGAGAAGCGUGAGAUCGAAGCUUCGAGCAGAAAGAAUCUUGCUGGGGUUCGUGUCGUACAAAAGAAUUUGGUCUACGUCAUCGGCCUCAAUCCAACAAUUCGCGAUGAGAAUCAGCUGCUUCAAACACUGCGCGGACGGGAUUACUUCGGUCAAUAUGGAGACAUCGAGAAAAUCGUGGUCAGCAAGGCUAAGCCUGGCGGCAACCCCCACCAAGGGAUCGGUGUCUACGUCACCUUUUCUCGAAAGGCAGACGCUGCUACCUGCAUCGCUGCUGUCGACGGGUCCUCAAACGGCGAUCGUGUCUUACGAGCCCAGUAUGGCACCACAAAGUAUUGCUCUUCGUUCCUCCGCAACGAGCAGUGCAACAACCGUAAUUGCACGUUCUUGCACGAGACAGGGGAAGACAGCGAAAGCUACAGUCGUUCCGAUCUCUCCUCGAUGAACACUCUGUCUAGCCAACGGCCGAGUCACGUUCAACAUCCACCACAAAUGCGCGCGCCUCAGCCUAUUACCCAUACAAUGCGUCGACAGCCCAGCAAGGACGAUUCUCUGAGCGGGCGCUCGGUGGCUCCGGACGGACCCGCUCUGCCGUCAUCUGCCAGUUGGGCAAACAAAGAUGUGACUAUUCGAACCAGACGCGCCAGCCUUACUGGAAGUCAGGCCUCGCAAAGCCCUCGGCCCGCCAGUGCCCAUGUGGCGCCUGUCAUCGAAGACUUGAAACGAAUGGAGAAGCAAUCCCCCUUACCCCAGGAAGCUUCACGAGUAUCGCAGCCGGUUACGAGGUCUCCGGAAGUUGAAUCGCCAGCUCCUCGUCUUAAGUCGGCUUCUCCCAAGCCUGUCGCACCCACGCCUUUCGACAACCUACUCAAGGAUUUGAUGAACCCCAACUUCAAGUUUGUCUUCUCGAGCGAAGGUCUUCCUGAGGAUGAGAUCAGAGCCAUACAAUCGUACCCGUCUUUCAUUGACCCAUACGGUGGUGUCAAGCGCCGGGCCAUGCGAGAAAAAGCUGACCAGGAACGUAUUAAACGUGAACAAGAGUUGUUGCAAUCAGCAGUAGCCGAAGAGGAGAGUCGUGAAGCUGGUAGCCUCCAGCUAGGUGGAGAGCCUGAGGAGUCUAACAACUCGCGCGGGCCAUCACAAAGUCGUGAAUCACAUGGAGCGAUCCAGCCCCCAUCACAACAGGGCACGGCCGAGAAUUCCACAGUGGGAUCACCGGUCUCUGCUUCAAGUCAUCAAUUCCAAGGCUUGAACUUGGUCGGCCGCAGCCUGACGCCUUUGCAGCAACAGCAAUUGAUGCUCCUCAAAUCAGCGGGCAACCAACAGGCGGGUGGAGUGGAACGCACGGGAUCAGCUUCCUUGGAUCAUGCAGUUCAGAUUCGACAGGGUUUGCUGCAGAACCAAAUUGCGCAAUUGAAUGCGCUGCAGGGUCAGGGGCGCCCAUCUUCACGGUUCACCUUCGCCAAUGACAUCAGCUCUAAGAACAUCAGCAAUGCUCGAAUGCUCAGUCAAAUGCAGGCAACAACCCACAACGCUCUCUCUUCGCCUAGCCCUCAGCAUAAUCUCGCCAGUGGGUUCUAUGCCAGUGGCGUCCAAGGUCCCCCCCCUGGUUUGAAGACGGCUGGAACUCCGCCAAUCAGUGGCGGUGGUAUGUUUGCUCAAGGCCAUGGCUUCACAGCAAAUGCGAACAUCGGAUUGGGUGCCACGAUGGGAAAGCAGGACUCGACACCAGAAUUGAUGCGUGAACUUCUUCGUGGCCGCACAGGCACGAACGCGGGUAGUGUUCAGGGUCAGGAGGCCGCAAAGCGUGAGUACAUUUUUCCUUUUUUACAACAGCACCAAACCCCACCCCCCUUGACUCCCGUGAACGGCCUUCUCGGCUCCUUCUAUGGACCCCAGGCAAGCUCGGUGCUUGAAUCUGGGGGCGCACAGAAGCAGAAGAAGAAGGGGAAGAAGCAGAGACUCGCUAACACUUCCUCCGGUGGAGGUGGUGUAGUAGAUCUUGCGGACCCGAGCAUUUUGCAGGCGAGAAUGCAUCAGGUUGGUGCCAAUGCUACUGCUGGACAGGCGUUGUACGGGAGCCAGGGCCAAGCGGAUGAGGACUUUGCACCUAUCGGAAGUCAAUUGACGGACAAUCAACCUGUUGACCCCUUCGGCUUCCUCAGGUCUCAAAUCCAGAUGCCCAGUGACUUUGCUGGUCGAAUUGGGACGCCUUCUCUACCACCUGGCCUUCCUUUGCCACAGUCACACCCUGCUUCGGGUGUCUUCCAGGAUCAAUUGAGCCUUUCGAAGCCGAAUUCACCCGCCCCAAGUAUUCCACCCGGUCUCAGCGUCAACAUUUCACGCGCUGGAACGCCGUCGCAGAAGCCCGCACAAAAUGAGUCCUCAAAGAUGACCCCUGAGCCCUCACGCCCAAUCGCGCCGCCUACGCGCGAGAAAAAUGCUCAGAUUUCUCUGGGCUCUCCUGUGGCGAAACCACACAAAGCUCGGACGCAUACGAAACUCGAUUUGUCGACUUUUGAAGAGAAGAAAACGGUCUCCAAGGAUGACCAGAAUUUUUCUGUUGGAGGCAACGGGGGCCAAAUCACACUGGCCAUGCAUCAGGCAUCUCAAGAACAAUCAGGGAUUAAAUCAGAACGUAGCACGCCUGUCACUUCAGCCUCGACCCCGGCAGCUGUGGGCUCGCAACCUCAUACCCCGGCCGCAGCUCACACCCGUGUCACGGAAACUACUGCACUGCGGCAGCCGCGCAUCUUGCGUGUUGUCGAUACCCCUAAACUCGAUGUUGCUACCUCAGUAGCCAAUGUUUCACCAGCCACUGGGUCUGCUACCAAACCGGCCAAGACCCAAUCACGGAGACAGAGUCUAUCGUCCAGCAGCAGACCUGACACGCCCGGGGAUUUUGGUUCAGAGGCCGAUACGUUCCCUUCGGCCUCUGUAUCCCGAGCAAGCUCUCCGCCUGCGACUUCGCGUAUCGGGUCUGCUCCAGUGCGUUCUAUUACCAAGAGCCAGCUCAAAAAGGAACGACGACAGAAGGCAAAGGACGCGGAGGCAAAGCAAGCAGAGGCUACGGCUACAGAGGAACCGGUUCAAGCUCCAAUCAUUGGACGCAAGCGCAAGACUAAGAAAGCGCCCAGUACUACGCCGACUACAAUUCCCACUACUGCAACAGCGUCUACUGAGGCUUCCACCGCAUUGGUCUCGGAGCCCGCAGAACCUGUCAGGCUGAAGUCUCUUUCACCCAGGAAGACCGACCCAAAGCCCGAACCCGUGCAAAAGGAAAAGGUACAAGCCGUGGAGCCUCCACAGCUUGUCAGCAAGGUAACGAGCAAAGAGACUCCAGCGCCGACUACUGUGAUCGAGAAAACUCCAUCGCCCGCUCCUCCAACACCUCCGCAAGCUUCUGAAGAAUUCUGGCGUUCGCAAAACACUGUAGAGCAAUUGAUCAAAGAUGCGGAAGAGACUGGUCGCCCCACCAAGGACCUUUUCAUGGAGAGAACCAAGCCCCUGCACGAACUCCUCAUGGAUCUACACCAAUCUGGCGAUCUAGACUUGAACAAGAGUUCCUUGUUCAAUCCUACCAAUAUCACUCAGCGCAGUGAUAUGAAGGGCAUUGGUUCGGACUACUACACCUUCAAACAGCCCCUUGAGCUCCUUGAGACUCAUCGACAGUCUCUCAUCCAUGGACAGCCAGUGCGAAUUGACUCUGAUCAGCUUCUUGAACGUUGCCUCAUCACGCCGCGUGGAUGUGUAUUGCGUCAUCUCUCAGUUGAAGAAGAGGAUCGGUAUCUGGAGCUUGAGAAAUGGUGGGGUGCUUCUGUUGAUCCCUGUGCCGUUGGUGACGGGUCGACCAAUAUCAAUGGCGGACUGGACGCUCUUUACGUCACGCCUGAGAAGUACAAUAUUUGCUGGGCGCAUGACGACUCUUCGCAAGUGGACUCGGGGUCGCACGACCGUGCCUUGAAUGGCAGCGAAUCUGUCAUUCCUCCUAAUGUGCUUUCUGCCAUGGAAGCGGAUAACACCCGUAGUCAUGACUGGGCUGUUGCUCAUUCAGCCGAGCUCCUCCAGACAACGACCGCGGCGGUCCGAUCUUUUGCUGCCGCCACGGCCAAGCAAAUGCUAGGUUCUACAGGCAGUCCUGGGAUCAAUCCUACCAUCGACGACGUCGCCGCGAUGACUGAUGAAGAGCUCAGGGAUCUUGCUGGGCUAUCGCAGAAGGACCUGGAAAGCACGCGAAAAGAGCUAGACUCUUUGGACAAGAAGUUUGCCGCGCUUCUUCGCCGCAACAAAAAGAUUCAGCAGGCCGCGCUGUCCCUGAUCCAGGGCGCUUGA